AAUCCAAAAAUCAAUAAUAAGUAAACUCCAGAGGAAGCAACUCACCAACCAGGUCUGCUCUCUAUAUCUCUCUGUCUUUGUUCGGACAUUCUAAUCUAAAUUCAAUUGAGCAGCAGUAGAUCUAUUUGCAGAAUAUCUGAAAACCAGUCGAAAUCAUAGCCUACCUUGUUGAAGAUCCACAAUACAAAGAAAACCAAAAAGUUUUAAGCUUUUUUCACCUUUGGGUAAUUGGAGGAAUCCGACAAAAGCAAAUAUAUAUAUAUAUAUAUAGAGAGAGAGGACUAUCAAGGAAAAAUGCAGAGCAGGGGAUCGAAUGCCCGGCUCUCGGGCAUGGCAUUUCGGUCCCGAAUCCCAACUCUUUUCCUCUCCAUGUUUGCUACCUUCGCUUCCAUCUAUGUCGCUGGCCGGUUAUGGCAGGAUGCGCAAAACAGAGUUUAUUUGAUUAAAGAGCUUGAUAGAAUAACUGGACAGGGGAAAUCUGCAAUCUCUGUGGAUGAUACUUUGAAAAUCAUAGCUUGCAGGGAACAACAUAAAAAAUUAUCAGCUCUUGAAAUGGAGUUGGCUGCAGCUAGACAAGAAGGUUUUACUUCAAAGCGCUCAUUGGAGACUAAUGAGGCUCAACCUAAAAAGAAGCCGCUGGUAGUGAUUGGAAUUUUCACUAGGUUUGGCCGCAAAAACAACAGAGAUGCGAUUCGUAAGGCAUGGAUGGGGAGUGGUGCUGCUUUGAAAAAAGUGGAGAAUGAGAAGGGCAUAAUUGCAAGAUUUGUUAUUGGAAGAAGUGCAAAUCGUGGGGACCGCUUUGACAAGGCCAUUGACAAUGAAAAUAAGCAGAACAGUGACUUCAUCAUUCUUGAUGAUCACGUGGAGGCACCUGAGGAAUUUCCAAAGAAGGCUAAACUGUUCUUUGCAAAUGCUGCAAAUAAAUGGGAUGCUGAGUUUUAUGCUAAAGUCAAUGAUGAUGUUUAUGUAAAUGUUGAUGCACUGGGAGCUACACUUGCAACUCAUCUGGACAAGCCCCGUGUUUAUAUUGGGUGCAUGAAAUCGGGCGAAGUUUUCUCUGAACCAAGCCACAAAUGGUAUGAACCAGACUGGUGGAAAUUUGGCGACAAAAAAUCAUACUUCCGCCAUGCUUCAGGGGAGAUGUAUGUCAUAUCACAGGCUUUGGCUAAAUUUGUAUCAAUAAAUAGGUAUAUUCUUCGGACGUAUGCCCAUGAUGAUGUAAGUGUCGGUUCUUGGUUUAUUGGGCUUGAUGUCAAACAUAUCGAUGAAUCUAAGUUUUGCUGCUCAUCAUGGUCAACAGGAGCUAUUUGUACUGGUGUUUGAUUUGAUUUUUUUUGAGCUUAUUUGGAAAAAGAAUAAACCGGAGAUGCGGACUGUUCGUUAUGAAGAUUUUGCCUUUCAUGCUGCUUCAGCAUAGAUUGAGAUGAUGGUAUGGCUUCCAUUCACAGUUGAAUUCUGGGUGUUGCCCAUUAAAUGGAAUAGCUUGGUCAUUACUGGCACACUGAGAGAGGGAAUUGGAGUUACAACGACCGAUUGGUUAUAACCCACAGUCAACUUAGGUCCAACCAUAUGAUUUCAGAAACAAUAGUAGGGGUUUCGAUUUGUAACAUAGCGUGACGUACCAUUUUUCUAGUAUAUUUUUGGACUUAAAGAGUUAUUCUUUAUUAAACGGUAAAAUAUGUGAUUCUUUUACCAUGCUCAAGUUAUUCUUUAUCAAAGAGAAUUCCAGACUUGGUUUUGUAUAGUUUUAUUUAGUUUUGUGUACUUCUAUUUUAUUUUA